CAGCGAGAAAUUCGGCGCUGAAGAGGAAGAAGCAGUCUUUAGCAGUGACACGAGAAUUUCUCAAGGGAACGACACAAGGAACGCUAGAUUACAGUGAUUUUUCUCUCAUAACACACACCGCAAAGUCUGCGACAUGGCUGAUAAAGAGGUGUACGAUGAUGCGGUGGAAGAAAGAGUCAUCAAUGAAGAGUACAAGAUCUGGAAGAAAAACACCCCGUUUCUCUACGACCUGGUGAUGACACAUGCSCUGGAGUGGCCCAGCCUCACUGUCCAGUGGCUUCCAGAUGUCAACAGGCCAGAGGGAAAAGACUACACCGUCCACCGGUUGGUUUUGGGGACCCACACAUCAGAUGAGCAGAACCACCUUGUGAUUGCCAGUGUCCAGGUACCAAACGACGAUGCCCAGUUUGAUACCUCGCACUACGACAGUGAAAAAGGAGCAGAAUUUGGUGGAUUUGGAUCAGUGAGUGGAAAAAUUGAAAUAGAGAUCAAAAUCAACCACGAAGGAGAAGUGAACCGAGCACGCUACAUGCCCCAGAAUCCCUGCAUAAUCGCCACCAAGACCCCCACGUCUGACGUUCUGGUUUUCGACUACACUAAGCACCCAUCAAAGCCAGAUCCCAGUGGGGAGUGUAAUCCUGACUUGAGGCUAAAAGGCCAUCAGAAAGAGGGCUAUGGCCUAUCCUGGAAUCCAAAUCUCAAUGGCAACCUACUCAGUGCCUCUGAUGARCAUACCAUCUGUCUGUGGGACAUUGGCGCCGGCCCAAAGGAAGGGAAGAUCGUUGACGCCAAGACCAUUUUCACCGGUCAUACAGCAGUGGUGGAAGACGUUUCCUGGCACUUACUCCAUGAAUCCCUGUUUGGCUCUGUUGCAGAUGACCAGAAACUAAUGAUCUGGGACACUCGGUCUAACAACACCUCUAAAGCCAGUCACUCAGUCGAUGCUCACACUGCUGAGGUCAACUGCCUCAGUUUCAACCCCUACAGCGAGUUCAUUCUUGCUACUGGCUCUGCCGAUAAGACCGUUGCUCUGUGGGAUCUAAGGAAUCUCAAACUGAAGCUCCACUCUUUUGAGUCCCACAAAGAUGAAAUUUUCCAAGUACAGUGGUCUCCUCACAAUGAGACCAUCCUGGCCUCCAGUGGCACUGAUCGACGUCUCAAUGUCUGGGAUCUCAGUAAAAUUGGAGAGGAGCAGUCUGCAGAGGAUGCUGAGGACGGCCCACCAGAGCUCCUGUUUAUCCAUGGAGGCCACACGGCCAAAAUAUCAGACUUCUCCUGGAACCCAAAUGAACCCUGGGUAAUCUGCUCUGUGUCUGAGGACAACAUCAUGCAAGUUUGGCAAAUGGCCGAGAAUAUCUACAAUGAUGAAGAACCAGACAACACCCCCGCUGCAGAGCUGGAGGCUCAAGGAUGAGGACUCGGGCUCUACGCAGGUUUCUGUCCAGGCACCGCAUCUUGUCCGAUCCCUGAGUGCAGCGCUGUCUCUGGCCCACCUUAGUCCAAAACUGUUAACGACGAUCAAACUGCUUGCUCUCCUCACUAGCAAUUUUUUUGGAUUCAGGAUCUCUAGGCCUAAAACUUAACCAAAACCAGGGAUUCAAAAAAGAAAAAGUCACUUCACUUCUGCCCAGACUUUAAAGAUUCAAAACGCUGACCCUCUCAGGUGGAUCUACAGUAUUUGUAAAAUAGUAUUUUGUGCUAAAAGGCAUUUAAAUAAGGGCAUAAAAUCUUUUCUGUUAAAAAAAUUAAAAAUACAGUUCAUCUAUUUUCAUAAUUAGCUCAUUUUAAGGGCUUUUGCAAGAAGUGAUUUUUUUUUUAAAAAUGACAGCAAGUUGGCAGAAUUUGUAAAAGGUUUUUCUGAAACCUGUAGGUGAUGAGAAUCAGUUAAAAAUUUACAUCUUUGAUCAAGAAGAAUGCUGGCUGCAUCCAGCGACUCUCUCKUUUUCCUCCUGUCUACUCUGAGCUCUUCUGGCUGCUGUUCUGUUGUGUCAACACAUCAGCGRAAUCACAUUCCCCGUUAGGUCUGCCUCGUCUUCAAGGUACAUAAACACUUGUGGGUAUUUGGUUUGUGUGAACAGUAUGGGAUUGUUACAUUAUUACAGAAUGUGAAACUGCAGUGUUGUUUCCUGCACCACAUGCUGCAAUAAAGCUUUUUGUAACUUUUCAAAAGUAA